AUGCAUCUUGUUUUCAUAUUAGGUUUAGUCGGUUCUUCAAUAGCUCAAGAUUUACGGCAACCUGCGAUUGUAUCCGAGGCGAGGUAUCUUUCUGGUGAUGGUACAUUUGGUGCAGCUUAUACGCAGGAUGACGGUGUGCAGUUUAAAGAGGAAAGUGACGCUAAUGGUGAUCGUAAAGGUUCUUAUUCUUACAUAGAUCCGAAUGGACAAAGAAGAACUGUUUAUUAUACUGCUGGAAAAAAUGGCUUUCAGGCAAGCGGAGACGGUAUCCCCGAAAUAACACCGCCAACACCCGAAUACGAGGCUCUACCAGAGUACAACCCCCCGGACUACCAGCCACCACAGCCUCGAUCGUACAAAUUCCAAAGCGACCCAGACAUCAGACAACUCGUCUACGAAUCGGCCUCUCCUGCUUCACACCCACCCCCAACACCUCCUCCCCGUCCUCGCCAACACUUCCACCCCCAGCCCCACCCGCAACCGCGACCCGUCCGCCCGCGAAUAGUCUUCCAGCCCCAAUAUCAAUCGGAAUACUCGCCUGUGACUCCACCACCAGAGGUCCACGAGUACCAGUACGAACCCCGUCCAACUCCAGCUUACAAGCCGCGAUUGCAGAUUCGGUACACCCCCGAGCAGCCUCGACAGCCUCUUCAGCCUCUUCAGCCUCUUCAGCACCAGCCCCAACUUCAUUACAAUCCUCCAAGACAACCUUCUCCGCGAUUCCAGCCAGAGCUCGAGUCAGAGCCAGAGUACAACGAACCGGAGCCUCAGUAUCAACAAACAGAGCCGCAGUACCAGCGACCUGAUACUCUCCGACCUUAUGUCGAGUACUCUUUUCAAACGGCAACAAAUCCAGCGCCUCGACCUCGCUACAAUGCGAUCACGACUCCUGCGCCUCGGAGAUUUUAUCCGCCAGGUAAAUUAGAUUUUACCAGAACUUCUGAUGGCUUCUCUUAUACUUUUAAUAAGAGUUAA